AGUACUCCAUAACACGCUUUCUAAAAUCUACCGAACACUAACUUCAUCUCGCAUUUUUGAGAAGAUGGCAGCGAUGACCUGUCGACAAUGUUCAAAGCAUCUCAAUCUAAGCUUCGAAACUUCAUGAAAUUAUCGGACAAAAUAAAUAUGAUAUCUCCAUGCCAUGUUCUCUUUUUAACGCGUGAAGCAAUGGUAGGUAUUGGGUAUAAGUAUAUCUCAUUCAGCUCACUUUGAGAUAGCCAUCAUUUCAUAGCACAUCUGUUUCUCAUUUCUCAUUCUUGAAGUUCUCGUUACCUACUCGCAAAUCUAGACUUACCGUCCUAGCCCAGUAUUCACCUACAUCACGCCCUCGCAGAUCUAGAAUUACCGUCUUAGCUCAAUAUCCACCUCUCUCACGUCCUCGCCCAUACCUCCAAUCAGCAUGUCUUCCCCGGCAAAGCUCUCCCCAAAUUCCGCUGUAUGGUUGAAUCAAUCUGCGAAGCUAGAAGUCAAACCCGCACCUUAUACUCGACCCUCAAAAAAUGAGAUUGUUAUAAAAAAUGGAGCCAUUGCCAUUAACCCAGCAGAUUGGAUGAAGCAAGAUUUGGGUGGUUUGCUAUUCCCUUGGGUGAAAUAUCCAUGCAUUCUUGGAUAUGAUGUAUCUGGAGAAGUAGUGGAAGUUGGAAAUGGUGUUACGCGGUUCAAGGUUGGAGAUCGUGUCGUGGGCAUGGCAAUGGGAACCACAGAGCCAUCGAAUACUCCUACGCAAAGUGCUUUUCAGCUCUAUACUGUUUUGUUGGAGAGUAUGACUUCGCCAAUUCCGGAUAAUUUGUCGUAUGAACAAGCUUCCGUUUUGCCUUUGGGAGUUUCUACAGCUGCUGCUGGGCUAUUUCAAAAAGAUCACCUGGCACUCGGAUUGCCGUCGGUCUCUCCAAAACCAGCCGGGCAAACUGUGCUUAUUUGGGGUGGUUCAACCAGUGUUGGCAUCAAUGCUAUUCAGUAAGUCUUCACGGAUCUAGGACUUCUUUCAUGAAUUCUUGUUAACCAUAAACUUCAGGUUAGCCGUCGCAGCUGGUUACGAGGUCAUUACUACCUCAUCUCCCAAGAACUUCGAGCUGUGCAAGAAAUUCGGUGCAAGUCAGGUGUUUGAUUACAACAGCAAAUCAGCCGUUCCUGAUAUUAUAAAUGCAUUCAGAGGCAAGACUUGUGCUGGUGCAAUGUCUAUCGGGAAAGGAGCUUCGGAUGCAUGUAUGGAUAUCAUUGAUAAAUGCAACGGUAAGAAGUUCGUUGCGAUGGUUUCUUAUCCAAUGUUACCACCACCGAAACGAUUCAUAUUCCCGAGGUUCAUUUCCACAUUCAUUCUUUGGACGAUUUCCAAUGAGAUCAAGAAAGUACUCCGGGGUAUCAAUAACAAAUUCGUCGAUGGCUCAACUGUGGUAACGAAUGAGGUAGGCGAGGCUGUGUAUGCCAAAUUUUUGCCACAAGCGUUAGAGAAGGGUAGCUUUGUUGCGGCUCCUGAGGCGAUGGUAAUUGGGGAGGGAUUGGGGCUCGUAGAAAGGGGGAUGGAAAUGCAGAGGAAAGGAGUUUCUGCAAAGAAAAUUGUUAUCUCGUUGGCAUAGAGCUGGAGAAGAUUUUUGGUUCAAUUUGCAUUCAUUUAUAUACCUAUUCAACUAAUACUAUUUUACCUGGUUUCUCCAUUAGAUACGUAUUUAUUCAGAUGAAAAUAUAUUUCAAAGAUACCCUCAAACCU